AUGAUUGGGGUAUGCGGGUGUUAUCCCACCUACCUGCAGAUAGAUGGGACCUUUAAUCAUUCAGGUCCUAUCCAUCGAUUAAUGCGCAUUGCUCAUCUCAAAUGCUUUUAUUCAUUUGAUUUAAGUUCUGCCACUGAUCGGUGGCCAGUAUCCGUGAUUCUUGACUUAAUGUCAUGCCUCUUCGGACCAACCUUGGCAUCUUCUAUCAUUAAUGGUUGUUUGGCCCUGAACGUGGCGAUGUUGGGUCCUCCGCGUCCCAUUUGUUUUGUGGUUGGGCAACCAUUAGGAUAUUAUGCUUCUUGGGCCCUUUUCUCCCUGUCCCAUCACUAUGUGGUGUGGAUGGCGGCAAACCGUGCUGAUCCGAAUAGAAGCGUUUACCAGAUACGCUCUCCUCGGUGA